AUGUCCGCCAAGUCGAUUCUCGAGGCCGAUGGCAAGGCCAUCCUCAACUACCACCUCACUCGCGCCUCCGUCAUCAAGCCCAGCCCUCUCCCUGCCCCUACCAAGCACAACGCUCCUCCCAGGCUGGCAUCGCUGGCUUUCCCUGAGGACGCUGAUGUGAAUGAUGUGCUGAACCAGGCUGAGGUCACAUACCCUUGGCUUCUUCAUCCCGGUGCCAAGUUUGUCGCAAAGCCUGAUCAGCUCAUCAAGCGUCGAGGAAAGAGUGGUCUGUUGGCCUUGAACAAGACUUGGCCCGAGGCCAAGGCUUGGGUUGCUGAGCGAGCUCGCAAGGAGCAGCAGGUCGAGCACGUCUCCGGCCUGUUGACCCAGUUCCUCGUCGAGCCUUUUGUGCCCCAUCCUCAAGAUACCGAGUAUUAUAUCAACAUCAACUCGGUCCGUGAUGGUGACUGGAUCCUUUUCACCCACGAGGGUGGUGUUGAUGUUGGUGAUGUCGAUGCUAAGGCCGAGAAGCUCUUGAUCCCCGUGGAUCUCAGCGAGUACCCUUCGAACGAAGAGAUUGCCUCCACCCUCCUGAAAAAGGUUCCCCAGGGUGUUCACAACGUCCUUGUUGACUUCAUCACCCGCCUGUACGCUGUCUACGUCGAAUGCCAGUUCACCUACCUCGAGAUCAACCCUCUGGUCGUCAUCCCCAAUGAGGAGAAGACCUCUGCUGAGGUCCAUUUCCUGGAUCUUGCUGCUAAGCUCGACCAGACCGCCGACUUUGAGUGUGGUGUGAAGUGGGCUAUUGCCCGAUCCCCCGCUGCUCUGGGUCUUACCAAUGUCGCCAGCAGCGACAAGGUCAACAUCGAUGCUGGACCUCCCAUCGAGUUCCCUGCUCCAUUCGGUCGUGAGCUCACCAAGGAGGAAGCCUACAUCGCCGACCUGGACGCCAAGACUGGUGCCUCCCUCAAGCUCACUGUCCUGAACCCCAACGGCCGUAUCUGGACUCUGGUCGCUGGUGGUGGUGCUUCAGUUGUCUACGCUGACGCUAUCGCCUCGGCUGGUUUCGCCGAUGAGCUUGCCAACUAUGGUGAGUACUCUGGUGCCCCCACCGAGUCUCAGACCUACCACUACGCCCGCACAGUCCUGGACCUUCUCCUCAGGGCGCCCGUCUCCGACAAGGGCAAGGUCCUCUUCAUCGGUGGUGGUAUCGCCAACUUCACCAACGUCGCCAGCACUUUCAAGGGUGUCAUCCGGGCCCUGCGCGACUUCUCCUCCCAGCUCAAGGAGCAGAACACACAGAUCUGGGUCCGCCGUGCUGGCCCCAACUACCAGGAGGGUCUUAAGAACAUCAAGGCCGCCACCCAGGAGCUUGGCCUCAACGCCAAGGUCUUCGGCCCCGAAAUGCACGUCUCUGGCAUCGUGCCCCUGGCUCUCAUCCCCGGAAAGUGGGAAGAGAGCAACGCUCAGGAGUUCUCGGGUUAA